AUGAGUUAUCAAUCUGGCCAAAGACAAAACAAACCAGAUUUUGCGACACUUAGACUUAUGAAAGAUUUCGAAGAUAUUGACACGCUUCAUAGCAUUUACGUUCACUUUCCAGAUCCGAAUUAUUUGAAGUAUUUUAUUGUUCGAGUUCAACCUGAAUCAGGACUUUGGGAACUUGGACAGUUUGACUUUGAAUUUAGAAUUCCAGAUGAAUUUCCUUUCCAAAGGCCAAGGGUAAAAUGUCUUACAAAAAUCUUCCAUCCAAAUAUUGAUGAAGAAGGUUCUGUUUGCUUAAGCAUUCUUAGAGAAGCAUAUAACCCUACUGUUUCAAUUCCUUUCCUCAUUGCUGGAAUUCAAUAUUUGUUCACAGAACCAGAACCAAAUGAUCCAUUAAACAAAGAAGCAGCACAACAAAUGAUAAACGAUUUUGCCCUUUUCAAGACAAAUGUCGAUAAAUACGUUUGUUUAUAUUGUACCAACAUGGAUCCACUCGAAAACUAUGAACCAAACUAUGAUAACAACUCGAUAUGA